AUGCCAGGCGCUAAUUACAUGGGCGGAAAACGAAAUGCGGCAAAAGCACGAACGAGGGAUGUAGUCGGCCGACAACAGAAAGGUUUCUUCGGACGUCAACGUCUCAAUAUUCUUUCCAAGGGACUUCAAACAUCAACACCCAAGUUAUCAAGAGACGCGCCAGAUCCUCGAGCAAAGGAGGAAAUAACACUGGCUCAUGCGCAUUUGAACCAUAUCCCAGAGCCACCAAGCCCCAUGACAUCGACGCCUCCACCUAGGAAAAAGCAGAGACUGCUCAUGGAAGCGCAUACAUCGAGCUCUGGAGAAAGUGGGAGCAGCCGAAGACAGUCAAAGGUGCUUGAUGCAUUAGAUAUAGAAGAACCAAUGUUCUUGCGGGGCAUGUUGGACCGAAUUUUAGCUAUGCCUGAUCUGGCCGGGCUCCCCAGCGUCAGGGAGGCAGAGAGGUCGAUGCCUAAGCAAGUUGCGCCUCGAGGGAAGAAGAGACAAAGAACGCCUUCUCCUUUAGGCGUCCAAUACUCUUAUAGACUAUAUGGGAAUCGGUCUUCUUCACCCGUUACUUCUACCAUGAACGAGGCAUUGACGCACGAGCAGACGGAUAUGGGAGAACGAGCGCAUAUAUUCACGGAGUCUGUGCACAGUACAUCGUCGAGAGGAACAUAUCAAUCGUCCAAACACGAGAGCGUGCAACCAGAAUUCGAGGAAAACCAGCAAGAGGAAGAGAGCGACUUCAACGACAGCGGUUAUGCCGAGCUCGAAUCAAUAGAAAAUGGCCACGAAUCCAUUUUGCCUCGCUCCAGUUCCCCUUGCUUCUCUGGCUCCCCUCCCGAAAAGAGCUCAGCAGAGGGUCGUGCCCUCCAAGUGUCGUCGUCUCCUCGAUCAAGGCGAGCGGAGACGGAACCUUUGGUGCACUAUAGCUCAUCCACCUCUGAGCCUUUCAUGUCAGACGAAGUUGAUUUGGGUGAUUCAUGGUUGCCUUCUGUGGUUAGUCUAGAACCACGACGAGCUGGAUCUUGGCCUGCUUAUGGUUGCUUGUUUGAGCAAGAGGAUCCAUGGCGCACCAUCGGUCUGAUUCUUGGGCUUCCGGAGUCUAUGCCAAUGGUUGAGGAGAUGGGCUUUGAAAUGAACGUUGAUGAAGAUCGGGAUGUCGUCCUGGAGAUGGACAGGGUCACAGACGACUUUUAUCUCGAAGAGUUUGGAGAUGGUGAGGAGAGUGUGUCGAGAUCGGCCGAACCUGUGAUUGCGAGAGUGCAAACUCCACUGGAAGUGGGAUCUCAGGAUAAAUCAGUCAUCGCAGUCGCGGAGCUGCGAGAGCUUGACGGAAAAUUUUUAGGACCUAGUUUGUUCGUGGAGGAUGAUAGCGAAGAUAACUGA